AUGAUUACAUACGAAUUGUUUUAUUCUCCUGAAACUGCACGAGUCCAUACUUUAGGCAAGAUAUCUGAAUUAGAUGAACGUAUUGCUUCUCUGGAAAAACUCGUAGGAACAGCUCACGGGCAAAAUUUCGAAGACCUUUCAAUUUCUAUAACAAAUACCAAUCUCAUCGCUGCUGUCGAUAAGCUUGAUCAGCAUAUGCAAAUAUUGGCGCAGCCCCGUCAUUUGGAGUCUGUUUCUCGAAAAGCAAAAACUCUUGUCGGAGAAUUAGAAAAAGUGAAUGAAUUGAAGAAUAAAGAAUUUAUGAAUGGCGGUGUCAUUGACUAUGAUACCAAAGAAAGGGUUGAUCCAUUGAUUUCCAUUGCACCAGCCUUGGUCAACCGAUUGAAAUCUCUACAACAAUUACAUCAAGAGGCUGCGGUAUUUAGUGAUACUAUCAAGAUGUUGUCUGAUGAACAGGGCAAAAUUCGUGAUGAAUUGAAAAGUUUGAAUGAAGUUUCUGGAAAUCUUGAUAAGUCUUUCAAGGUUAAUGAGGAGACUAUUCAAAAAAACAUCAGCAUCAUGGAUGACCGAGUUACUGAUCUUGCCAAACGGUUAGAGAAAUUGGGA